AUGCUCCGCGGCACGGCGAAACGGGCUGCAAAAGCUGCGACCGACCUUGCCCAAUACCCCAAAACCGGCGAGAAGCUCCAUGGCUUCACACUCUUACGGACAAAGCACGUACCGGAGCUCGAGCUUACGGCACUGCACCUACGGCAUGACAAGACAGGUGCUGAACACCUCCACAUUGCUCGCGACGAUAGCAAUAAUGUCUUCUCUAUCGGCUUCAAGACCAAUCCCCCAGACGAUACGGGGGUGCCGCAUAUUCUCGAGCACACCACGCUAUGCGGCAGCCAAAAAUACCCCAUCCGAGACCCCUUCUUCAAGAUGCUACCGCGAACCCUCUCCAAUUUCAUGAACGCUUUCACCGCGUCAGAUCACACCUUCUACCCGUUUGCGACCACCAACGCCCAAGAUUUCAAGAACCUCAUGUCCGUCUAUCUUGAUGCGACCCUCAACCCAUUAUUAAAAGAGUCCGAUUUUACCCAAGAGGGAUGGCGUGUUGGCCCCGAAAAUCCCCAGGCCCUUGCCGCUGGCGGUGAGGUGACGCCCGAAGAUCGAAAGCUGGUCUUCAAGGGUGUUGUCUACAACGAGAUGAAGGGCCAAAUGUCGGACGCGGGCUAUUUAUAUUACAUUAGAUUCCAAGAUCACAUCUUUCCAGACAUCAACAACUCGGGCGGCGACCCUCAAAAGAUCACCGACCUCACAUACGAGCAGCUCAAGAAGUUUCACGCUGAGCACUACCAUCCCAGCAACGCCAAGGUUUUCACUUACGGUGAUAUGCCUCUGGCGGACCACCUCAAGGAGAUUGACGCCCAGCUUGGCGCCUUCGAGAGGAUCAAGGGCGACAUGGCCAUCCACAGCCCCAUCGACCUUAGCAGUGGUCCCCAAGAAGUACGGCUGCAAGGCCCCGUGGAUCCACUGGUUGACCUGAACAAGCAAGUCAAAACUUCUGUAUCCUGGGUUCUUGGUGACACCUCCAACGUUGUGGAGACGUUUUCCAUAGCGCUGGUCUCUGCGCUCUUGACGGAUGGGUACGGCUCGCCGUUGUACAAAGGUCUCAUCGAGAGCGGCCUAGGAACCGACUGGAGCCCCAACUCAGGCUACGACAGCUCGAGCAAAGUUGGGAUCAUGUCGAUUGGUUUGACCGGUGUUGCCGAGGCGGAUGUCUCCAAGUUGAAGCCUGCUAUUCAAAACAUCCUCCGGAGCGCGCGGGACAAGGGCUUCGAUCGGUCCAAGAUUGAUGGGUAUCUCCACCAGCUGGAGCUCGGGCUCAAGCACAAGACGGCCAACUUUGGCAUGUCUCUACUGCAUCGACUGAAGCCCAAAUGGUUCACAGGGGUCGACCCGUUUGACUCGCUCGCUUGGAAUGACACACUAGCUGCGUUCGAAGCCGAGUAUGCGAAGGGUGGUUACCUCGAAGGGCUGAUGGAGAAGUACCUGAUGAACGACAACACGUUGACCUUCACCAUGUCCCCAUCCGCCGAGUUUGUUCAGGAGCUUGCGAAGGAAGAGGAAUCCCGCCUCCAAACUAGAAUUGCUAAGGCCAUUGAAACAGCCGGUGGCGAAGAGCAGGCACAGGCCGCGCUGGAGGCUCGUGAACUGGAGCUCCUCGCCGAGCAGGGCAAGUCCAACACUGAGGACCUAAGCUGCUUGCCCAGCGUCCAUGUUCAAGACAUUCCACGCCAAAAAGAGCCUGUCGUUUUGCGGAAUGAAACCGUCGGCAAUAUCAAGCUGCAGUUACGCGAGGCGCCCACCAACGGCCUCACCUACUUCCGCGCCAUCACCACGCUGGAAAACCUGCCCAGCGAAUUCCGCUCGCUCAUCCCGCUCUUUACCGAUUGUAUCAUGCGCCUCGGCACCAAGGACAUGAACAUGGAGCAACUCGAGGACCUGAUCAAACUGAAGACGGGCGGCGUCUCGGUCGGUUACCACUCCGCGUCAAAUCCCACCGAUUUCACUCAAGCAAAAGAGGGCCUGGUCUUCACCGGGAUGUCUCUGGAUCGCAACGUGCCCGUCAUGUUUGAUAUCCUGCGCAAGUUGAUCGUUGACACCGACUUUGACAGCCCUGCAGCCGCUCAACACAUCCGGCAGCUCUUGCAGGCAUCCGCCGAUGGCGUCGUCAAUGACAUUGCCUCAUCAGGUCACGCAUACGCCCGGAGGGCCGCCGAAGCCGGCCUGAGCUGGGAUGCCUUUGUGCGGGAACAGGUCAGCGGCUUGUCCCAGGUGAAGCUGGUGACGAGCCUCGCGAGCCGGCCAGAGUCUGACAACCUCGCGGAUGUCAUUGAAAAGCUGAAGUCAAUCCAGCGCUUUGCCACUGCCGGUUCCCUACGAGCCGCCAUCACGUGCGACAGCGAGAGCGUCGCCAAUAACACUGCCGCUCUAUCCACAUUCCUCGGCACGCUCCCGUCGCACACCGCCAACUUCCCAACUCAGAAGCGGGAUUUCACAAAAAACAUCAAGUCCUUUUACCCCUUACCCUACCAGGUCUACUACGGCGCACUCGCCUUGCCGACUGUAUCGUACACUUCACCCGACAACGCUCCUCUGCAAAUUCUCUCCUCUCUCUUGACACAUAAACACCUCCACCAUGAAAUCCGCGAGAAGGGCGGCGCAUACGGUGGCGGCGCCUACUCACGCGCUGUAGACGGCAUCUUCGGCUUUUACUCGUACCGCGACCCCAACCCAACCAACACGAUCAAGAUCAUGCGCAAUGCCGGCCAGUGGGCUGUGGACAAGAAGUGGUCGGACCGCGAUCUUGAAGAUGCCAAGAUCUCAGUGUUCCAAGGCGUUGAUGCGCCCCGCGCCGUCAACGAGGAGGGCAUGAGCAACUUUGUUUAUGGCAUCACCGAGGAGAUGAAGCAAACGCGCCGCGUGCAGUUGCUUGACGUGACCAAAGACCAGGUUCGGGAGGUUGCGCAGCGGUACAUUGUUGAUGCCCUGGCGAAGGAUUCGGGGCGCCUCGUGUUCCUCGGCGAGAAACGCGACUUUGUCGACAACUCCUGGACGAUCAACGACAUGGAUAUCAACGGGUCUGCUUAG